CACCCCGCCGCGGUCUGCACCUUAGGGGAACCAUCUCUUGAGCAGAGCCCUGGCAGACCACACCAGACUGGACCGUCAUCCCAGCAUGAGGAAGGCCGCCAGCACGGUUGUGCUGCUUGCCCUAGCACUUUCGCACUUCUCAGAUGGUGCUCUUGGAUCAGAGCUUGAUUGCAGUCUGUACCCCCCGGUUGCAACUAAGGAUGGCAAAGCGCUGAUCGUCUGCCCUCGGCACCUGAGACCAGUCUGUGGCACAGACAGCAUCUCCUACAGCAAUGAGUGUGGGAUCUGUGUCCAGAACUUAGAGCACAACGCAAACAUUAGUAUAAAACACGAUGGAGACUGCCAGCACGAGUCCCUCCAGGUGGACUGCAGAAACUACCCAUCCUGGACGACCAAGGAAGGCAAAGCAAUGAUAUUCUGCCCGCGGAUCUACAAUCCCACCUGCGGCACAGACGGCGUCUCGUACGGCAGCUUGUGUGAGAUUUGUGCCCAUAACUUAGAGCACGGGACACACGUUGGCAAGAAGCAUCGUGGAGAGUGCAAGGAGGACAUUCAAAAGCUCAAUUGUAGCCAGUACGCUGGCAGCGCUGAGCACCGGACAGCCUGUCCGUUCAUCCUGGCUGAAGUGUGUGGGACGGAUCUUGAUUGCAGCAAGUACCUCCAGAUAACCAUGGAGAACGGCACGGUGCUGGUGGCCUGCCCCAUGAUCUACGACCCGAUCUGCGGCACAGAUGGGAAAACGUAUGCCAGCGAGUGUAUGCUGUGUAGCCACAACCUGGAAGUCCUGCAGCUAAUACUUGACUCCCCAGCCAUGAACCACAGGGAGGCCGAGCUCAAGGUUGACAAACAGCAUAGUGGCCUGUGCCCAGAGGACAUUCCUAAGCUUGAUUGCAGCAAGUACCGUGAGAUAACCACCGAGAACGGCACAGCGCUUGCCUGCACAAUACUCUACGACCCGAUCUGCGGCACGGAUGGGGAAACGUAUGACAGCGAGUGUAAACUGUGUAACCACAACCUGCACACUGAGCCCAAGGUUGACAGACAGCAUAGCGGCCCAUGCGCGAAGGACCCUCCCAAGGAUGACUGCAGCAAUGUCCGUGAAAUCAAUCCGAUCUGUGCCCUGUUGUACCAGCCCCACUGCGGCUCUGACAACCAGACAUAUGGCAACCGAUGCUUUUUCUGCAACGCGGUCGUCCAAAGCAACAGGGCUCUCACCUUGAGCCAUUACGGCGAAUGCUGAAUCCUUACUGGCACCGAUUCGCACGAGGACCGCCGCACUGCCCUUUGGUCUAUCCCGUCUUCCCCUCGGCAGAUACCACACGAAGUCCUCGCCUCAGCUCAUCUGGGACCCUGAAGGACUUGCGAUCCUUGUAGGCUUGCUGGUGCAAUAAAAUAAAACGGUGUCUUUCUCUUG